AUGUCACCCAGUCGUAGAACCCGCAAAUCCAACACAACAAAAAAAUCAAAACCCAACAGAGUAGUAACAGAGGAUUCUUCUGAUGAGAGGAGCUCUGAUGCCGGCUCAGUAACGAGGUGUAUCUGUGGACAAGGACUUCAAGCAAGAUUACCUGAUCAAUAUUUCUGUGAUCAAUGCCAACCCGAGAAUCAUCAAAUUGUCAAAACUUCCUCUGGACGUUCAAAACGUCUGUACAAUGCUGGUCUGGUAUCAACAUCUAAUACAUCUCCGUCUCUGGCCAGCUCCGACAAGGAAGACACAUCCACAUCCACAUCCACCACAAAACGUUCUGCUAAGCGUCGCAAGAAAGCGACCGCAGCAGUAACAGCCGCUGACAAAGCUGGCUGUCAUUCACCCCCAAAGACACCCUUAAUGGAGGCAAAGAUGGAACACCCGUCUCCAGUGAUGAAUACAAUAGAAGAAUCGCCUGUGAUGGAGGAACGCUCAACGAGGUCACGACGCACAAAAAUACCAGCUGAUACAAUUGAGCAAGGAACCAUCACUACCACAGCAUCAGUAUCAGCAGCGACAUCACUGAUACCUGAGCUUGUGAAAAAAGCCUCAUCUUCUUCCUCUCCUUCUUCUUCUGUCUCUCCUAGUCCAGCAACAACGACAACGACACCGAUAACAUCGACCGAGAAGAAAUCUACUAAAACGAAAUCCAACAGUAAUAGACACAGUAGCAGCAGUGCUACACCACAACAACAAAUAUUGGAUGAUUUUGGAUCUCCUUCAGCACAACACCAUCAUCAUCACACCACAGCAUCCUCAUCCUCAUCCUCCACGCCUUACUGGAAUUUUGCAGAUGGAAGACCCAUGAGAGAAAGCUCGCCGCCUGCCAAGAUCAAAUAUCCCAGUUCUAAAAUGUCCUUUUCCGACAUGAACAAGAGAGCCAAACAAAUCAUGGAAUGUAUUACCAAGAUGCAAACAGAAGAACUGAAAAGACUGCCACCGCCUACACUCAAUUCCAAGCAUCCUGAUAACCAUACCCUUUCUCUCUUUCAGGAGGUAGACCCACAAACUACGGCUCCAUUCAAUCGACCCAGAUCUCUAUCCACUUCUUCUACCUCUUCCUCGCUGAGCAGUGCGUCUACGGUUCCCCUGCUGGAUGACUACACUACCACAACCACCAGUGCCAGCAGCAGCCCAUCUACCCCUAUACCUUACAAACACUUUCCUCAUCAACCCACACCCAUAGUACAGCAACAUUCACCAGAAGAAGAGACGUCCAUAGAAAUCCUGGAGCGUAUCAGUCGAGAAAUCGCCAAAUUUCAGAGAAAGUUUGGCAUUGUGUAUCAAAAUCAGCCUCACCAUCCACCUCCUCACCACCACCAUCAUCAGCCAGCACCACAUGUUGGUACCAAUGGACAUGCAAAACCGUCCACCACUUCAAAAUAA